AUGGAAGAGAAUAAGGAGACGGAGAAAAAGCUGAGCGCGCUCGGAGCCCAGCGCGGAUCUCAGAACCGAGCGCUGUGGCUGCACCCGCGCAGCCUCGGAGCCCGGGCGCUGCAGGACAGAGUCCGAAACCGGCAGGCGGCGGCGGUGACGACGGCAGGAGCUCGAGUCCAAUCCAGCCCACACGGCCAGUGGCAGGUUAGCACAGACACUUCCAGUUUGAGAAAGGCAGAUCUCAAAGGUCGGAGUGCGCUGUUGGCUGACAUCCAGCAAGGAACUCGCCUGCGAAAAGUCACGCAGAUCAAUGACCGCAGUGCCCCACAUAUCGAAACUUCCAAGGGGACCAACAAAGAAGGCGGAGCAUCUGUGAACACCCGAGGAGGAAGCACACCCCCAGCCCUGGGAGAUCUCUUUGCUGGUGGCUUUCCUGUGUUGCGACCAGCAGGCCAGAGGGAUGCUACAGGUGGCAAAGCAGGGCCGGGCCCUGGCUCUCGCGCGCCUUCUCCCAGGCUGCCCAUCAAAUCGCUCGGAGGAGCGCCGAACCCGCCCGCGUCUCCCAGACUGGGCACCGCCUCAGAGGGGUGCGGAGCACCGCGCACAGUCCCUCCGCGACCCAGCGUGCCCGCCCCGCCGCCGCCACCGCCCCUGCCUCCGCCUCUGCCCCCUUCGUCCUCAAGCAAAGCCCCUCUGGUGUCCCCGGCAGGCCCACCGACCAAAGGGAGCCCUGCCGCGGGGGCGCCCCCACCCCCAUGCGUGCCACCACCCCCUCCCCCACCACCGCCCCCUCCCCCGCUGCCCCUUGACACCGCUCUCAGUGACAAGGCGGUGAGGCCCCCACUGGCCCCGUUGAACCUGCCGCCCAUCCCGCCCCCGCUCCCGCUCCUCCCGCCCUGUGGGUAUCCUGGGCUCAACCCGGAGCCUACCAGCCCCGCCCAGGAGGUACGGGAGCCCCCGGCCCCGCCGGCCCCGCCCCCGCCCCCUCCACUGCCCCCCUUCGCCGCGUGCUCCCCCAGGGCUUCUGCACCUGCGUCCCCGCUCCCUGGCGCCAACAGCGGCAUCGAGGCCCCCCCUCCGCUGCCCCCCAAGUCCCCCAGCUUCCAGGCCCUGCCGCAGAAGGCCGGCGCGCAAAUCUUGCCCGCGCCUCCAGGCCCUCCCGGGUCUCAGCCACUUGCGCAGAAGAAGAGGCUUGGCCGAGGCCCAGGGGCCGGUGGAGGAAAACUAAAUCCACCUCCAGCACCCCCUGCAAGAUCCCCCACCACAGAGCUUUCCAGCAAGAGCCAGCAGGCCCCAGCCUGGACUCCAACCCCACAGCCUGGAGGCCAGCUACGAAAUGGAAGCCUCCACAUCAUGGACGACUUCGAGUCUAAGUUCACGUUCCAUUCUGUGGAAGACUUUCCCCCUCCAGAUGAAUACAAACCAUGCCAGAAGAUUUACCCCAGCAAGAUCCCCAGAAGCCGAACUCCAGGUCCCUGGCUCCAGGCCGAGGCAUCAGGGCAGAGCUCGGAUGACAUCAAAGGCAGAAAUUCUCAGUUGGCCCUAAAGACGCUCCGGUGAGGAGACGGUGAAGCCACAGCCCCACAGCUUUUGGAGCUCCAUACGGCAAGCUGACACCUCCUGAAGAACGUGUCGGCCUCUACUGUACUCAAGCUAUAUUCAGUUGACAUACAGGCUCUGACAGAGCACUUAUUUAUUGUAAAUAUGUGGUUUGCAUGGGCUUUAAAGCAGCAUUUGAGUCGAGUUUUAUUUGAGUAAUAUUUUUUUAAAACACCACUUCUACUUUUUUUUUUAAUGCAUCAUGGCAUUAGUCUGUCUGUACAAAUAGAGCCCUGUCCCACCCCAGACUGUCUAUUCUGUGACUGUAAAAAUGCUUGUAGGCUGGCCCUUCACUAGAUUCUGAACCAUUUUUAAGAGUGUCCUUAGUUUGCAGGUAGUCCCAAAGUCGUAAGUAUCCACCAUGGCUUCUCAUUGGCAUGACUUUAGAGUCUCAUGGCACCAACUACAAGAUCAAACCCAAUAAUGCCUUAUAAUAAUGCCGCUCAGAGGAAGUAACGUGUCCCCACACCCCGACAGUGCCGCGCAGCCUCCAGUGAGCGAGAUGCCACAUCUCGCUUCCGUUUUGCAGUACAGGGAUUGUCUUUUUGCUGCCUAAUGUAAAUAUAUCGCAAUGUCAAGGCAGGAGUGGGCUUGGCCCCUCCAGAGCCUUCCGCAGGGCCCCUUUUGUAACUGACUUAUUUUACAAGUAGCCAAUGCUCUUACUGUUUACAGUGUUCCUAGUGUCCAUGUCUCUGUCACUUUCCUCCUGUCCCUUCAAGUUCCUAGCCCCAUCCCAGUAGUUAGGAUAAGGUCGGCUAGCUGAGAUUAUGGUAUUUUAGUCUCCUGCAGGUUAAGUAAUACACACAAUUCGUGAUUACAGCAAACUACCAAUUCUGUCUCAGAGGUCUCCCGCUCCCCAUCCUCAUCAUGAGUACAGGGUUUCCAUGGAAAUGAUGACAUGAAAAACUAUAAAACAUCUCGUAAAAUACAUGCCUCAGGAAUCUGGUUCCAUCCCUGUGCUUUAGGACGCUGGGAACCAGCUAUCUGGCCAAACUGAGCUCCCUCCUAAGCUGACAGAGAACAUCAAAGGCUGGCAGUUUCCUCUGCCCCUGGUGGGCACCCAGGGGCCAGAGAUGUGUGCAGGUUCCACUGCCUGAACUGGCCCAGAUGGACUUUCCUGCCCACUUUCUUUGAGCCAGCAAGUGUAGAAAUGUGUGUAUACUUACUGCCUGACCCCACACCCUGCCCAGCCUUGGGGGAAAGCGCUGUGUUAGGGAAAGGAAAAAAAAAACGGAAGGAAAGACUGACCACUGGGCUGUGUUCACAAUAGCUACAAAUUAGAGGAAAUUGGCAAGGAAGAGCAGUGGAAAAUAUGUUUGUUUUCAAGGAACCCACUCACACUUGUAGAAUAUCAGGUGCAGGCAAAGCCAUCCAGAUAUGGUGGACAGGAAGGAGGAUUCGACCAGUAAGACUGUAGAUCCCUGGCUGUUGACUGCAGCAAAGAGUAAGAUGGUAUCCUACAUCAGCACUAUGCUUCUGAAUCCAGACAAGCAGCCAACAGCCAGGAUAAAGUUCCUGCCUCUGCAGCAUAACUCAGGCCAAACUGCAACAGUAAAGUCAAAGGAAAAACAGUUUGCGGGCCUUUUGCAUUACUGAUGUGCUGUGGAAGG